AUGGAUAGCGUCCUUCGUCAGUCGAAGGCCAUGUGCCCUUUCCUCAAGGCCGCCUCCCCUGCAACCCUCCGUGCCAUGUCGAGUGUGGUCCGCCCGCAGCCGUCCUCGCCUUGCGGCGGCACAAUGUCUAAGCUGCAGGUCUACGCCCACCGCUGCCCUGUCAUGGGCAAGGCCCUCGCUGUGCAGUCAUCUAAGCACGCCGCCCUCUCCGGCCUCCGCGCUUUCUCCGUCAACGCCAAACCGAGCCGCGCGAGCAUUCACACCAGCCGGAACCAGGAAGCCCGCGCCGUCGAGACACCGUUCCUUAGCGACCGUGAUAAAGGCCCCAUACCGCCCACUGUGCCGUUUCAUCGCAAAGAAGCGGCCAUCACCGCCACUGCUGCUGCCGCAUGCCCAAACCACGCUACCAAGUUCAACUACGAUGUGUUCUACACGAAGGAGCUCGAUAAGAAGCACAAGGACAAGUCUUAUCGCUACUUCAAUAACAUCAACCGCCUCGCCAAGGAGUUCCCCCGCGCCCACAUGGCCAGCAAGGAGGAAAAGGUCACCGUCUGGUGCGCCAACGAUUACCUCGGCAUGGGCCGCAACAACAUUGUCCUUGAAAAGAUGCACGAGACCCUCGACGAAUACGGUGCCGGCGCCGGUGGUACACGCAACAUCUCCGGCCACAACACACACGCGGUCGAACUCGAGGCGACCCUGGCUAAGCUGCACGCCAAGGAGUCUGCUCUCGUCUUUUCCUCCUGCUACGUCGCCAACGAUGCGACCCUAGCCACUCUGGGCAGCAAGCUCCCCGAGUGCGUCAUUCUUUCAGACAGCCUGAACCACGCCUCCAUGAUCCAGGGCAUCCGACAUUCCGGCACCAAGAAGAUUGUGUUCAAGCACAACGAUGUUUCCGAUCUCGAGGCCAAGCUUGCGUCGCUACCGCUGCAUAUGCCCAAGAUUAUCGCUUUUGAGUCUGUCUACAGCAUGUGCGGCUCCAUCGGGCCGAUCGAGGCCAUAUGCGAUCUCGCCGACAAGUACGGCGCCAUUACAUUCCUCGAUGAGGUGCACGCCGUCGGCAUGUAUGGACCCAGUGGUGCCGGCGUCGCAGAACAUCUCGACUGGGAGGCUCACAAGGAGGGAAUGCCCCGCGGCACCAUCAUGGAUCGCAUCGACAUCAUCACCGGUACUCUGGGCAAGGCUUACGGCUGCGUUGGAGGAUACAUUGCUGGCAGCGCCAAACUUGUUGACAUGAUUCGCUCUCUCGCUCCAGGCUUCAUCUUUACGACCUCUCUCCCUCCCGCGACCAUGGCGGGCGCCAAGGCGUCCAUCGAGUAUCAAAUGAAAUAUGACGGUGACCGUAGGCUGCAGCAGCUUCACACCCGCGCCGUCAAGGAGGAGAUGGGCGCGCGUGACAUCCCCGUCAUGCCGAACCCAUCUCACAUCAUUCCCAUCCUUGUUGGUAGCGCCGAACUGGCCAAGGUUGCCUCGGAUAUGCUUCUUAAGGACUACCAGAUCUACGUGCAAUCCAUCAACUACCCGACCGUCCCGGUUGGCCAGGAACGCCUCCGCAUCACGCCGACACCUGGCCAUACCAAGGAGUACCGCGACGAGCUGGUGGCCGCCGUUGACGAGAUUUGGACCCGUCUUGGCAUCAAGAGAACUUCGGAGUGGGCUGCUCAAGGUGGAUUUAUCGGUGUUGGUGAGGAGGGCGCCGUCGAGUCGGCCCUCUGGACCGAUAAGCAGCUUGGAAUCGAGCAGGCUAGAAGGGAGAUGAUGGCGACUGGGCAGGUCGAGAACGGCACCAGCUUCACUGAAGCACUCCUCAAGCAAGAGUCGGCCGGCGCUCGAGCUGCUGGCGUAGCAAUUGCUUAG